AUGCCCUCGUACGCGCGCACGGGGAAGAACUUUCUCAACAUCAGCAUCCCGACCCUGCUCAACGCGGACCUCGGCUCGGUCAUGGACGCGCCGUCGUGCGCGCUCACCCCGAAGAAGACGCACAUCGUCUGCACCCUCGGCCCCAGCUCGAGGACCGUGGACGACCUCGAGAAGCUGCUCUACGCGGGCAUGUCCGUCGCUAGGUUCAACUUUAGCCACGGGACGCACGAGUACCACCUCGAGUCCCUGACCAACCUGCGUCAGGCGUGCGUCAACACCGGCAAGGUGUGCGCGGUGCUCCUGGACACCAAGGGCCCGGAGAUUCGCACGGGUACGCUCAAGGACGGAAAGCCCGUCUCCUUAGUGCGGGGAAAGGAGCUCACCCUCACGACGGACUACUCCGUCGUCGGCGACGAGAAUCAGAUUGCCGUUUCGUACCAGUGGAUGGCGAGAGACGUGAAGUGCGGGGAUAACAUCCUCAUGGCCGACGGCAGCGUCAUGCUCGAGGUGCUCUCCACCGACGUCGACGCGGGCACCGUGCGGGUUAAGUGCCUCAACAACGCCACGAUCGGCGAGAGGAAGAACUGCAACCUUCCCGGCGUCGCCGUCGACCUACCCACGCUCACCGAGAAGGACCUCCACGACAUCAUCGGCUUCGGGGUGGUUCACGACGUGGACUUUAUCGCCGCGUCGUUCGUCCGCAAGGGCAGCGAUGUCCUCAAGAUCAGGGACGUGCUGGACAACGCGGGAGGCUCGUCCAUCCGGAUCAUCUCCAAGGUUGAGAACCACGAGGGUCUCUGCAACUACGACGACAUCCUCCGCCUGAGCGACGGCAUCAUGGUCGCGCGCGGCGACCUCGGGAUGGAGAUUCCCCUGGAGCGAAUAUUCUGGGUCCAGAAGAUGAUGAUCCGAAAGGCCAACCUCAGCGGUAAGCCCGUCAUCACCGCCACCCAGAUGCUCGACUCCAUGAUCGCCGCGCCCCGCCCCACCCGAGCCGAAGCCACCGACGUCGCCAACGCCGUCCUCGACGGCACCGACUGCGUGAUGCUCUCGGGGGAGACCGCCGCGGGGGCGUACCCGCGCGAGGCUGUCGAGAUCAUGGCGGGCAUCUGCGAGGAGGCUGAGCAGUGCGUGGACAACUGGGCGCUGUCCCAGGCCUUGCUCAACAGCACGAUGUCCGAGUACGGCAUCCAGGGCGCUCCGCUGUCCACGAUCGAGGCGCUGGCGUCGUCCACGGUGAUGACCGCCGCGAAGGUCAAGGCGGCGUGCAUCGUGGUGCUCGCGGCGAACGGCGACGCGGCCAGGAUGAUCGCCAAGUACAGACCCGCGGUUCCCAUCGUCGUGGGCGUCGUGCCCAGGCGCGCGAGGCAGGCGAUUGGGUUCAACGAGCGGGAACUUCGCGGGCAGCAAGUCGCUCGGCAGCUCAUGGUCACGCGGGGGCUCAUCCCGGUGGUCGUCUCUGGCGAGCCCAUCAAGGAGCUCGACGCGCUCAACUCCAUGGACGACGAGGCGAUGGAAUCGCGCGCGCCCACCGCGGCGAAGCGGUGCGUGAUGGCGGCGGUGCGACACGCCAGGCAGCAGAUGCUGUGCAGGCCGGGCGACAAGGUUGUCGCCAUGUACAACGUCGAGAAGAGAUGCGCGGUCGUGCGGGUCAUCGAGAUCGUCGACGAGAAGAAGGACGAGGACGCGUGCGGGGUGGAGUGUCAGCUGGAAGACUUCAUCCCGCCGCCCGGGGACGACAUCGAGGUGGCGUGA